AUGUGCCAUAUAACAAAUAAAGUUUCAGCAGCUCAUUUAGGAGUUUAUGGUGAUUACAAGUGUGAUACAUCAAAAAAAUUACUAGAAAAUUCAGUGUCAUCUGCAGCCAAAAUAAUAAGUAGUCCUGAUUUAAUUUUAUGGACUGGUGAUAAUAUACCUCAUAUAGAUACAUAUGAUUUUGAUUAUGUUAUUGAAACUAUUAAUGUAACAAGUAGUUAUAUAAAAAAAUUUUUUCCUCAAACAAAAGUUAUACCAUUAUUUGGAAAUCAUGAUUAUUCUCCUGCUAAUAUGUUUCCUGAUAAAAAUAAUACAAUUUAUUCUAGAACAUAUAAUAUAUGGAAAGAUUGGAUUGGAAAUGAAAAUGAAAAAACAUUUUUAAGAGGUGGUUAUUAUAAAUAUAUGUCUGAUGACAACACAACAUGGUUAUGUUUAAAUACUAAUUUAUAUUAUUUAUUUAAUGAUGCAACAAUGGACAAUAAAACUGAUCCAGCAGGACAAUUUCAAUUUAUGAGAGAUGAACUUAAUAAAGCAAAAACAUUAAAUAAAUCUAUUCAUAUAGUUGGACAUAUUCCUCCAGGAUCAUUUGAAAGAACUCCAAAUUUUACAUGGUUCCAUCCACAAUAUAAUGAAGAAUUUUUAAAUAUUGUUAUUGAAUUUUCAGAUGUAAUAAAAUGGAUGGUUUUUGGACAUCAUCAUACUGAUACAUUUAGAAUGGUAUUAAAUGACAAAGAAGAACCUGUUCAAAUGAUGUUUAUGGCACCAUCAGUAACUCCAUGGUUUUCUAAUUUACCUGGUGCUGGUUCUAAUAAUCCAGCAUUUCGUAUAUUUGAUUAUGACAAAAAUAAUUGGAAUAUUAAUGAUAUUUUAACAUAUUCAGUUAACUUGACAGAAUUAAAUAAAAAUUCUGAAACUCCAUGGCUUUUAGAAUAUACUUUUGUUCAUGAUUAUAAUAUUUCUUCACCAAUAACAAUAAGACAAAUUAAUAAUUUAUUAAAAUCAAUAGAAAAAAAUCCAUCAAUAUUUUAUAAAUAUUUACAAUAUAAUACUGUUGGAUGGGAUGUUAAAAUGCCAACAUCAAUGUAUCGUUGUGGACAGGUAUGUGCAAUAAAAUAUGCCGAUUAUCCAAGAUAUUAUAAAUGCCUUAAUGGUGAUGAGUCACGUUGUGAUUAUUAG